AUGGAUCGUGCGGUAUUCGAGGGCAUGACCGUCGAGGAUCUAAAAGAGGCAGCUCGCAAGGCCCACCUCCCGGUGGCGGAGGAUAAAGAGACCCUAGUGAGCGCGCUCACGGCGCAAGCGGAGCGCACCAGGUUCAACCCGAACCUGGAAGCAACGAUAAAGACGUGGGCGCACAAGUCGGCAAGCACCGACAAUCUAGGCCCGGCAAGCACGGGGACGGUGCCGAAAGGACCAAGACGCCCCUCGCAAUCGGAGCAGAUCUCGCCGGAGAUGACGGCCCUCGUCGCAGCAAUCACCGCGCCAAUGCAGCAACUGCAGCAGCAGAUUCUACAGGCGCAGAAGGCCCAGAACCUGUUGGAUGCAGCAGAUGCUGUCGGCGGUCGCGAGGGAGCGACCCACAGCUACAACGACCCUGGAGUCAGGAACGUCGGAGCAGGGGGAAGCGGACCGCCAUCUCCACGGAGCGGAACUCAGUCGCCGCAGACGACACUCUCAUCGGUCUCGUCCUCGCAUGCUGUAUCGAUGCUCUCAUCCCAGAUUCCCGAAUACGGAGGCCUGGAAGACGAAAACGUACAGCUGUGGAUAAAACGAGUCGAGCAAGUAUCUAGUAUUCAUAGGGUAAUAGGAGACGUUACCUUGUUAGCAGCAUCUUCGAAGCUGACAAAGACAGCGAAACGCUGGUACGACCAAGGGUCAGGCAGCAUGCUGGAAUCCUGGGACGGCUUCAGGACAGCCAUCCUGAAGAGGUUCUCCCGCAAGGUACUGUACCAUGUGGCGCUGCAAAAAAUAGAGGCGCGUAAAUGGACGUACUCGAAAGAGACAUUCUUGGAGUAUGCCAUGGACAAGAUAAAUCUCAUGCACGGUCUUGACCUGUCGACCGACAGCAUGAUUCACUUGCUGAUCAGCGGGAUAAGCGGCCGAUCAAUGAGAGAGACGGCAGCAGCUCUAUCCUGCACCUCAGUGGACGAAUUCCUCGACCUGAUGCACCAGAUCACGUCGAUCUCGGCGGAGCCGGAUCGGAGGCACCAGGCGGAGCAGAAGGAGAAGAAGGAAGGAGCCGGCAGAAGCAGCGGCAAGGCCCCGGCAUCGGGAAAGCAGCCCAGGACGGACCUCGUCUGCAAUUACUGCAGCAAGAAGGGUCACCUUCGUGCCGACUGCUACAAGCUGAAAAGGAAGGAGCAGGGGAGCUCACCAGCGGCGUCAGCGGCAGCUUCCUCGACAGCGGCGGCCGUGACGGAGUCAGCUUCCUCGACAGCAGCGGCCGUGACAGAGUCAGCAACCCCGGCAGCGGCAUCCGCGUCAGCAGUCUCACCAGAGGUUUCGACCCCCCCGACGGCAGCUUCGACGGUGGCAGCGAUCAUCGCCGAGGACCAGACGGUGGCGUGCGGGCAGCCCGACGGUAGGACUCUGAAAAUAAAAAAUGUUCCGUUAGUAAUAGAGCAGCUAAAUAGCCAUUCUUGUAGGUUAACCGCGUUAGUGGACACCGGAAGUCCUAUAUCCUUCGUAAAACCUUCGGUUGUCGAUAGUUAUCUGGUAGAAUUUAGAAAAAUAUUGCGUAAACCGUUACUUACCUAUAAGGCAUUGAACAAUCAAUCGGUCGACCUCGAGGGCUCGUUGCAAACCACAGUUAAGUUUCACGACGUGCCGCACCCGUUUCCAAUCACGCUUCACGUGUUAAAAAACGACGAACUUGUCACUGAUGUAAUAGUGGGCCGAGAUUUCCUCGAUAGUCAGGGAAUCACAGCAAUCUAUUGCCCGACGGCAAAGCCAGCCGACGGCAACGAACAGCUGUUCUCACGGUCUCUCCUACAGAUACUCGCCUGCGACGUCUUUGAUUCGUCAAAGGGCGACACGCACGGGGAGAAAAGUAUCGCGGAAAUCCAUACAGACUUCGGCCCGGAAACCGACAGGAAGGUUCGCGAUUUAUUGCUCAAUGCCGAGAAAAAGAAAAUUGAUAAAGUCCAAGAGGACUACAGUGUACGGAUUCACCUCAAAGACGAAUCCAUCUACGCGUAUGCGCCUAGACGAAUCGCAUUCGCCGAGCGCAAGCAACUACGCGAAAUAACGGACGGCCUAUUAGCGCGCGGAAUAAUAAAAGAAAGUAAUUCGCCGUAUUGCGCAAGGGUGGUCCCGGUUAGAAAGAAAAACGGAAUGAUUCGCUUGUGUGUGGACUUGAGACCCUUAAAUAGUAGAGUCGUCAAACAAAAGUACCCGUUUCCAUUAAUCGAAGACUGCAUUGCAAAUUUAAGCAAUAAAUCGGUUUUCACGUUGCUGGACUUAAAAGACGGUUUUCACCAGAUUAAGGUUCACGCGGAGGACACUAAGUAUUUCGCAUUCGCUACGCCCGACGGGCAGUUCGAAUAUACUUGUCUCCCGUUCGGAUUCUGUGACUCGCCAGCCGAAUUUCAAAAGCGAAUCGCCAGUAUACUUUCGCCCCUCAUAAGAGCGGACAAGGUUAUAGUGUACAUGGACGAUAUCAUGAUCGCGACGGAAACGGUCGAGGCAAACUUGAAGGUCCUAAACGAAGUUAUUUCAAUCUUGAGACGGUACGAUUUUAAACUGAAUAUUGAUGUCACUUUCUAA